AUGCCUGGCUUCGACUUCUCGAACUACAACCGCAACCUGGCUCUACACGCCAAGGGAGUGCCUCUGCCCAAGGCCACUAGCACAGGAACCACCAUUGUCGGAUGCGUCUACGAUGGAGGUGUCGUGAUUGCCGCCGAUACGAGGGCCACAUCCGGUCCCAUCGUAGCCGACAAGAACUGCGAGAAGCUGCACUACAUUUCCCCUCAGAUAUGGUGUGCCGGUGCCGGAACGGCCGCUGACACCGAGUUCACUACGGCCCUCAUCUCGUCGCAGCUGGAACUCCACUCGCUCUCGACGGGCCGCCAGCCCCGCGUCGUGACGUGCAUGACAAUGCUGAAACAGCAUCUAUUCCGUCACCAGGGCCACAUCGGCGCCUACCUGGUCGUUGCCGGCUGUGACCCCACGGGCACGCACCUCUUCACCGUCCACGCCCACGGCAGCACCGACAAGCUCCCCUACGUCACUAUGGGAUCCGGUUCCCUAGCCGCCAUGUCCGUCUUCGAGUCCCAGUGGAAGCCCGACUUGAACCGCGAAGAGGCCGUCAAGCUCGCCAGCGACGCCAUUCUCGCCGGUAUCUGGAACGAUCUCGGUUCCGGCUCCAACGUCGACGUCGCCAUCAUCACAAAGGAUAAGACGACGCUUAAGCGCAACUACAUCACCCCCAACCAGAAGACCGCUAAGCUCCAGAGCUACCGCUUCCCCAAGGGUACCACGGCCGUCCUCAAUGAGAAGAUUAUCAAGAAGGACGACAUCGGCCGCUACAUCAGCAUAAAGGAGGUGCCUCUCGACAGUGAAAGCAUGGAAGUCGAUAGCUGA